AUGAGUCCGCUUUGUUACCUUUUUGUAGUAUCUGCUUCUGUACUCCUUACUUUAGGAGAUGCAGAGAUGUUUGGGGCACCUAGAAAACUGCAGCCGAACGAGGCGACCAUAGAAAAAUUUAAUCAUGAGUUGGUCAAGGUAGCCCAUAAAUUCAACUCCGAGCAUGGAAACAACAGUCUUCAUAUCAUAACUAAGUUGGUAAACGUGACUUCCCAGGUCGUUCAGGGGAUUUUAUAUACGUUUUACGUUAAGUUUUCCCCUACAUCGUGCACAACUUUUGCCAAUGACAACACUCAUGUUUUGGGCGAAAUUUUUCUUAAUCAGAAUUCUUGUGACGUAACUGGUGGAGAGAGUAAGAUUUGCAAGGUCACUGUAUGGCAAAGACCAUGGCUCCGAUCUGAUGCUUCUGAGAUAAUUAAAAUAGUUAAUUGUUCCACGGAUACGAUUUGA